UCAUUGUCUGGACCAACGGAGUUCGAUGUAAUGAAAAGUAAUGAACUUGAAAGGUAUUUGCGCAACGAUGCCGGGCUUUAUGAGUGUAGGGAGGAGUCUCUGAUUAGAGAGGAAGUUCUAGGAAGACUUGACGAGAUUGUUAAGCAAUGGGUUAAAGCAAUUAGCCGAGGCAAAGGUUUCGAUGAGGAAUUUGUAGAAGAAGCAAAUGCUAAGGUCUUCACCUUUGGGUCAUACAGGCUAGGAGUUCAUAGCCCUGGCGCAGAUAUAGAUACACUCUGCGUGGGACCAGCAUAUGUAACUCGAGAAGAGGGUUUCUUUGGGGAGCUGUAUAAGAUGUUGUCUGAGAUGCCAGAAGAAGUAACCGAGUUGAAUCCUGUGCAUGAUGCUCAUGUUCCAGUUCUGAAGUUCAAGUUCAAUGGGGUUUCGAUAGACCUUGUUUAUGCAAGACUAUCGCUUCCGGUUAUUCCUGAAGACUUAGAUUUGUCACAAGACUCAAUCCUACAACAUGUCAGUGCUGGUGAUGAACAAACUGUUCGAAGCCUCAAUGGUUGUAGAGUUACAGACCGAAUUCUAAAGUUGGUCCCAAACAUUCAGACUUUCCGCACAACAUUAAGAUGCAUUAGGUUAUGGGCAAAGCAUCGUGGUGUUUAUUCGAAUGUUGCAGGGUUUCUUGGUGGUAUAAACUGGGCAUUGCUUGUGGCUUUCAUAUGCCAACUUUACCCAAAUGCAUUGCCUAGUCUACUAGUGUCUCGGUUCUUCAGGGUCUAUACUCAGUGGCGUUGGCCAAAUCCAGUAUUGCUCUGCCCUAUCAAAGAAGGGCUUGGACUUCAGGUUUGGGAUCCAAGAAGAAAUGUAAGGGAUAGGUACCAUUUGAUGCCUAUAAUUACCCCAGCUUAUCCUUCCAUGAACUCUAGCUACAAUGUGUCGCAGAGUACUUUGUGUAUCAUGUUAGGAGAGUUUCAGAGGGGAAAUGACAUUUGUAAGGCCAUGGAAGCAGAAAAUAAGGAUUUUGAUUGGGGUACCCUUUUCGAGUCAUAUGCUUUCUUUGACGCGUAUAAGAAUUACUUGCAGAUAGACAUAUGUGCAGGAGGUGCUGAUGACUUCAGGAAAUGGAAAGGCUGGGUUGAAUCUCGGAUCCGUCAACUAACACUCAAAGUUGAGAAUGAAACUGGCGGCAUGUUGCAGUGUCACCCACACCCUGGUGAUUUUCCAGACAAGACCCUACCUUAUCAUAGCUCAUUCUUCAUGGGACUACAGCGUACCCAACAAGUUCCGGUCAAAGGAGGUGAGCCGGUUCAUUUAGGGAGAUGUGUUGAUGAAUUUAAGUGGGCUGUGAAUGCUUAUACUUCAAGGAAGACUGGAAUGGACAUUCGUGUAUCCCAUGUAAAGCGCAGGGACAUCCCUAAUUUUGUAUUUCCUGGAGGGAUCCGACGUUUGCGUACAUCUAAAGCAACUUGGGAGAGAAGGCAACGUUCCCCUCAACCGGAGGCUUCAGGCGACAUAGCUCAAUGUCAGUCUAAAACAACUGUUCUAGAUGGGACAGAUGGAGGUCAGAAGAGAAAAAGGCAGGAGAAUGGUGAUGCAGAGACCGACUCCUCAUCAAGGCACCCCAAGUCUGUGAGGUGCAACCCGCCGAUCAACACUGUUGUCGCCGAUGCAUCAAUUUCUAAACAAGCAGAGAAGCUGGCACGGGAGCCACAUGUUCCGGACCAAGUUUUGCCAAAAGAACUGGAUGAGCUUGAAGAUGAUAGAGAUCAAGUCAAAGACUUUGCUGGUGGGAACAUGAAGGAUAGUCACACAAUGGGGGCAAUAAAAUCUAACAAUGGAGCUGGUCCUUCCACUGCUUGUUCAUAUAUUGGGGACUUGGAGGAACUUGAGUUUAAUGAACUUAAGGUGCCGUACUAUCAAACCCCUUCUGAACCUGUGGCGAAGCCAAUCAUUAGAGUGAAUUUCAUUACAUUGGCCAGUGGAACAUGUUGA